AUGACAAAAACAAAGGUUGAUGUCCAUAACUCGCCGACUCACCUCUUCGCCUCGCCCAAGGAACGGAGACUGCUUCUCCGGCAGAAAAUGGAAAACGGAGGCGGCACCGAAAGCUCGCUCAGCGGGCAGACGCUGCCGGCGAUGCCCGAGCAACCGCACCGGGACCCCCCGCCUGCUCCGUCCGUGCUCCCCCUGCAGCAGAAGGGCGAGAAGAAGAAAGUCAACCGGGCUCCGUCGCCGGCCAGACCGAAGGAUGUACCCGGCUGGUCGCUCACCAAGAUCCGCGGCGGCAUCGGCGCCCCGACCCUCAGCGUCAAACCGGGAGCCAUCCAUCUAGGUAGCCGCGUCUCCAGGCGGAGCCCCGCCGGCAGCCUCGGCGGGAAAGACGGCAAAGGAGCGGAGAGGAGCGGCGCCGGCAAGCUAACCGGGAAAUCCUCCACCGCCCCGCACGGGAAGACCCAGGCGGGAAAAACGGCGAAAAGCGCCGGCGGAAGGAGGAAGGUGUCGGACGCCAGCAUCGGAUCCGACGAUUUAUCGAAGGACUCCGGCUGCGCUGCGGGAAAACUGUCGCCGACGGACAGCAGCUCCGAGCUGUCGGACUGCGCCUCGGAGGAAAAUAAGCUGUCCACGGACGCCGUCAGCAGCGACGCCGAGUCCAGAAGCAGCCGCGGCGGCGAAAACGCCUCUCAGCCGGCCGCCAAGACCUCCGCGGAGAAGGACGACAAGGACCGGUCGUCCCUCAGCAUGGACGCCGGAGAAGGGAGCAUCUCGCCCGGGGAGGAGCGCUCCGUCGCCUCGUUUGACAGCCGGGUCCCCGCCAGUACAUCGCUGGCUUUCUCGGACCUGACGGAGGAGCUGAUGGACGGCAUGCACGAAGAGUUUGUCAGGGAGAUCGAAGAACUGAGAUCCGAAAACGACUACCUGAAAGAUGAGAUGGAAGAGUUGAGAUCGGAGAUGUUGGAGAUGAGGGAUAUGUACAUGGAGGAGGACGUUUACCAACUACAGGAGCUACGGCAGCAGCUGGAGCAGGCGAACAAGACUUGCCGCAUCCUGCAGUACCGCCUGAGGAAGGCAGAGCGGCGCUCUAUUCGCGUGGCCCAAACGGGGCAAGUAGAUGGAGAACUGAUACGAACACUGGAACAAGAUGUCAAGGUGGCGAAAGAUGUGUCCAUCCGUCUCCACAGCGAGCUGGAUAGCGUGGAGAAGAAGAGGAGUCGUCUGGAGCAGGAGAAUGAAGAGCUGAGAGUCAGACUGCAGGACCUGGAGGUCGCCAAACAAGUCCUGCAGCAGGAGAUCGACAAGAACUCUCAGAAGAAAAGAGGCGCACGACCCAACAAUAAACCAGACAAGAAGCUCUGUCCACAGGAGGACAGUUCAGACUUAAAGUGUCAGCUCCACUUUGCCAAGGAGGAGUCGGCUCUGAUGUGUAAGAAACUGACCAAGCUGGUGAAGGACAGCGAGUCCAUGAAGGAGGAGCUGACCAAGUAUAGGUCCCUAUACGGAGACGUCAAUGCCUCCCUCACCGUGGAGGAGGUGGCGGACUCCCCGCACACGCGCGAGGCAGAGGUGCGAGUUCAUUUGAAGCUGGUGGAAGAGGAGGCCAACCUCCUGAGCCGACGCAUCGUGGAGCUGGAGGUGGAGAACAGGGGGCUCCGCGCUGAGAUGGAUGACAUGAAGGGACCACAAGAUGGACCUCAAGAACUAGCUGGCGUUACCGGUGGCAUUGGGGCGGGGCUUGGCAUAGGAGGAGCCAUAGUCCUGGGGGGAGGGGCUUCAUCUGAAAACGUGAUGGAGCUCCAGCGACAUCUUCAAUUCGUGGAGGAGGAGGCAGAGUUGUUGAGGAGAUCCCUGAUAGAGUUGGAGGAACAGAACAAACUCCUAAUGAAUGAGAUCAAUCGCUACAAAUCCGAACUCCCGCCCCCGGCAUCUGCGCUGUCGUCCAACUCGUUGACAUCACUGACGGAUGGCACACUCAAUGACAGCCCCGUACACUCCAUAGAGGAAGGGGCGGUGCUCAUCAGCACCGAAGGCCCGCCCCAGGAGGAGGAGCUCCGAGUGGCACGGCUCCAGAUUGGAGAGUUAAGUGGGAAGGUGAAAAAGCUUCAGUAUGAGAACCGCGUGUUGCUGUCCAACCUGCAGCGCUGCGACCUAGCCUCAUACCACACCCCAUCCCCCUCCUCCUGCCACCCCCCCACCUUACGCUUGGCUCUGGAGACCGACGCGGAGGCAGGGGACUCCGCUGAGUGCCUCCCCACCAGCCCGCCACACCGCGAAGGGCCUGUAGGGGGUGAGAAUGACCCCCUGGAGAUCAGAGAGAAGAAGAGGAGACAGGAACACAACUCGGAUAAGAUCGCACCAUUUCCUGAAGCCCUACUGGCUAUGAGGGACCAGGCCCGCCUGGUUUCCACAGCGAUACAGCUCCUCACCUCCCCUGACUCCAACUGCCUUUCCUCCUCUCCAUCGCUCUACCAUAAGGUCUGCAGCGAUGAGGCCGCAGAACCAUUUAACCUGGAUAAGCCCCAGCCUCACAACCAGAUCUCAGAGCUGAAUGACCUAGCCGACAGGCCCCUGGUGGGGGCCCUGACCAGCAGGCUCCAGGUCCUCCAUACACAGCUCCAGGCCUUUGUGGAGCAGGUGGACACUCUGGACAGCUCUCCUGCAGGUGGCAGGGAGCUGAAGGUGGAGGGCGCCUUGCCCCAACUUCUCCUCUCUGAGCCAAGUGACUCCUCCCAGACGGGGCCCUGCACCUUCCUCCCCUGUUCUGUAAAUAACCAGGAUGGAGAGAACCAUGCAGAGGAGAAGCAGCCUGACUUUAGGGGCCAAUCAGAGCGUGAGGUGAAAGAUCAAGCAGAGACCAGCCAAUCAGACAGCAAUAAGAGGCAGAACCAGGAAAUGACCAAACCUGAAGAGGAAGAGAAGGAGACAGAUGAUGUGCAGCCUGCUCAACACAUGGGGGACCUCCAGGCUCUGCUGCUCUGUGCGGAGGAGUCUCUUCAUGAAGCUCAGGAGGAGCUGGAAAAGGAGAGGCAGACCCACAGAGAACACACGCUCAGACUCACACAGCUCCAGGAGGAGCACCAGAAGGCCCUGGUACGCCGGGACUUCCAGCUGCAGAGUUUAGGUCUCCAGGCCCGGCUGCAGCAGAAGUUCUGGAGCCAAGAGAGGACUCUGCUGGUCCAGGAGUCUCAGCACCUCAAGCAGACGCUGCUGCUCCUCAGCCUCAAGCUACGCUGCUUCCUCAAACAGUGGAGGCUGGGACGCAAGAUGGAUGACGACGGCAAAGAUGUCUUAGAGGUGAACAGCCUGAAGGACCUCUACAUGCUAUUGGAGGAGGAGAACCUGUCAAGCCCCGCUCACCAGGCUGACAAAAUGGCUGCCGCAGAGGAGCAGACUCUGAGCCCAAUUAUCAAGUCCAGUGCUGUGAGCAGUACGCUGGCGGACCUAAGGGUGGCGCUGCAGGAUCUGAGCGGGGAGCUGCGGCAAGAGAGACAGGGCUCGCGGGAGCUCACCCAGCAGUUUGCCAAGGCCAAGGCAUCAUGGGAAGUGGAGAGGACGGAACUCAAGAGCCUCAUCACACAGCUGGAGAGCAAAACCAGCAAGGCAGCAGGGACUCUGCCCUCCAAUGACGCUCUGGAUCCUCCAGACCUGAAGGUGGCACUGAAGAGAGAGCGCGAGGAGCACCAACACCUCCUGGCCGAGUCCUAUGCCGCCGUCAUGGACCUAACCAAGCAGCUUCAGAUUGGAGAGAGGAACUGGGGCAGAGAAAAGAUGGAGCUCCUGGAGAGGUUCAGCCAGGAGAGAUCCCAGUGGGAGCAAAGGCCGAGAGACUACAGCGUACAGCAGGGGAAGUCCAAAGCAGACAAGUCUCCAGAGGGGGAGCCCUCCCUCGAUCCAGUCACGAAUGGAGCCAGCUUAUCCAGAACAAAAUCCCUGUCAGAAAUGGAACAACCAGAGGUCAACGGAACUGCUAACCAGGAAAAUAAAAGCUUGUUCAGGGUCCCGCCCCCUCUCCUGAUUUGCCCAGAACAGGGUGACCACGCCAGGAAAAACUGGACCUACCUGACCAAUGAGACACCUGAGGUUGCAGACAGCUCUAAAACCUGGGAUGGCCCUAGUGGCCUUUGCAGUGGCACAGUGGGGUCCAGUUUGGACCUGGAAUCUGUCCACAGGAGCUACACCGCGCCGGACCGCACCGGGAUCCGGAUCUACUACAGUCCACCAGCAGUGAGGCGCAUUGAAUACCAGAGAAGAAACCAAGGAGCUAAUGAGCCACAACAAGCCCUGAACGGGAUCCGUUCCCUGGGGUUGACUGGCUCGGAUGCUGAGAUGGUUGGAGCAGAACCCCUGGCAGAGGUCCUUCAACAGCAAACUUCAAACUCCAUCUCCUCUUCCUCUUAUGAGCAGUGGCUGAGCUCGCUUUCAAAGCAGCACCGGGAUUUGCUGGAGAGCAGAACAGGCAGUAUCUCUGGAGUUGUUGCCGCAGGAGUUAGUGGCACUGGAAUGACGUCCUCCUCGGCCUUCCACGGGCUUGAAAUUGGAGAGAUCUCGGCCAACCUGAGUGACGAUAUGAAGGAGAUGACCAACUGCGUGCGCCAGGCCAUACGCUCUUCCUCCCUGGAGAGGAAGUCCAGCAAAGAACCGGGAAAUCAGAUGGUCGGCAUAGCGACCAGGUCCACGCAAACCUCCACCCAGUAUGUCAGCGUAGGCCUUCAGACAGACAGCAUUCCCAGCAGCAGGGGGGUGGGGUUACACUCCAAGGCCUGGUCGCCCCGCCCCUCAUCAACCACCACUUCAUCACUGGUGUCAGCUCGAUCUCGCCAGAUCUCAUCGUCACUGGACAAGGUCCAUAGCCGCAUCGAGAGGCCCUGCUGUUCCCCUAAGUAUGGGUCUCCCAAACUACAGCGACGUGUGUCCUCAGGCUCUACCUCCAGACUGGAUGGGACCUCUUCUAGGGAUCGCAGCCUGUGGAACCUCCACCAGAGGCCAAUGGGUGGAGGGGGAGGCUCGGCCUGGGCUCGCUCCACCACCACCAGGGACAGCCCAGUUCUCAGCGGCCUCAAUGACGGCCUCUCCAGCCUCUUCAGCGUGGUGGAACAUUCUGGAAGCAUGGAGUCCCUGUGGAGAGGUGACGGAGGAGUAACCAGCAGCCAGGGGGCCAGCCCAGCGCGGCAUGCUGCCGCUGCAGGGAAACCGUCAGGGGCCACAGCAUGUGGCUCUGACCCUGGGCCUCAGCGAUACGGAGGGCUGGUCCAGGAGUUCCUCAGGUCAGGAGUCCCCCUGCCUGGGGACAGAACACCAAGAGACUCCCUGGGUAACCUUGGGGGUCUGGGGGUCUUGGGAGGCAUCAGCGGAGUGGACGAGCCCAAGCCAGAGUGCCUGUCAACCAGGGUUGGGGGGCUCGGGUCCCUGGCCGGGCUGGGUGGGGCCAAUGACAGUGUUACCAGGAUUGUCAAUAAGAGGUUUAUGAGACACACAGCCAAAGAGGAGACGACAAGCAACGCCGUGGCUGCUGUGUCUGUGAUAGAGGAAACAGCCUGUGAUUGUGCAGCCCAGUCUCUCACUGCCUGCCUUGCCCGCCCAUCAAGAUCCAUAACACGCCAUUCGCUGGGCCAAUGCAAGCACCGCCUCCAAGAGUCUCUGGCAACAACAGAGGAAAGAAUGGAUGCCUGCAAUGAGUGAUGACAAGUUCACUGCCACACACUCUCACAGACACACACACACACAUAAAAACAGCAAUGCUGUUGCCGUACAAGCACUGUUCACUACUGCCAUGCAAACACAUUUUCAAAAAACACAUUUCAGCAUGUUUACUGCCCUCUACCAACUUAGAAACACAUAUAGAUAUACACUGAUGAGCCAAAACAUUACGACCACCUGCCUAACAUAUAGUUGGUCCUCCGUGUGCCGCCAAGACAGCACUGACCCACUGAGUGAGGCAUGGCCUCUACAAGACCCCUGAAGUUGCCCUGUGGUAUCUAGCACCAAACAUUAGCCAGCAGAUCCUUAGAGUCCUGUAAGUUGCGAGGUGGAGCCGCUAUGGAUCAGUCUUGUCGGUCCAGUACAUCCCAUAGAUGCUCAAUCGAACUGAGAUCUGGAGAAUUUGGAGUCCAGGGCAACACCUUGAAUACUUCAUCAUGUUUCUCAAACCAUCCCUGAACAAGGUGUGCAGUGUAGUAGGGUGCAUUAUCCUGCUGAAUGAGGCCACUCCAUCAGGGAAUACUAUUGCAGUGUAGGAUUGUACCUGGUCUGCAACAAUGUUUAGGUCGGUGGCACAUGUCAAACCGAUGUCCACAUGAAUGGCUGGACCCAGGGUUUUCCAGCAGAAUAUUGCCCAGAGCAUCAAUCUCCCUCCAUCGGCUUGUCAUCUUCCCACAGUGCAUCCUGGUGCCAUCACUUCCCUAGGUAAACAGCGCACACAUACACCACCUUCCAUGUGAUCUAAAAAAAAGAAAAAAGAAAAAGAAAAAAAGCGAGACUCGUCGGACUAGACACCCUUUUUACACUGGUCCAAGGUCCAGUUCUGACAUUUGCGUGCCCAUUGUAGGCACAUUCAACAGUGAACAGGGGUCAUCAUGGGCACUCUGACCGGUUUGCAGCUAUGCAGCACCAUACACAGCAGGGUGUGAUGCACUGUGUGUUGUGACAUAUUCCUCCCGUAACCAUCAUUAAAAUUUUGUGUGACUUGUGCCACAGCCCACCCGACACCCUGUCAUCAGUUUGGGGUUUGUCUCUCCUCAGACAACUGUCGGUAGGUACUCACCAUUUCUGACUGGAAUCACCACACAAGCCUUACCAUUUCAGAGAUGCUCUGACCCAGUCGUCUGGCCCUGACAAUUUGGACCUUGUCAAAGUUACUCAGGUCUAUACUCCUGCCCAGUUCACCCGCAUCCAACACGUUGACUACAAGAACCAAUUGCUCACUUACCAUCGAAUCUACCCAGACCUGGACAUGUGCCCUUGUUUGGAGACGAUCAACGUUAUUCGGUUCACCUGUGAGUGGUGAUAAUGUCUUGGCUCAUCAGUUACACGCACCACAACCAUCAAAUGUAAAUACACAAACUGCCACACACACACACACACAAAUGCACAUUCACUCAUACACUCCAACAUCACCUAGGCAACUGGGAGGAUUCUCUAACUGGGAUCUCCA